AUGCGAGAGAUUAGGCAUGAUCUUGGCAGUUAUAAGGCCAACGUCCAUCCCAACCAAGAAACAGGAGUCUGCUUUGAUAGCAAGAUAAAAACCCGUCCGCGGGACUGUCUCGGCCCGCAAGGUACUACUGGCGCGAGGGUGUGGCUGAGGAUGAGCGGGUAUAAAAGAACCGACUCUUCUGCCAACCGCCACAUCGUCCUCGACCUUCACUACAUCAUGAAGAUCAUCGUGUUGACAGCCCUGGUGGCCUCGUGCUGCGCGGCCCCGCAGUGGUACCCGGCGAUGUCAAGUGCACUGGUUUAUGCUCAGUCCAACUCACCUGCCGUGAUGAAGAUCCCCGAGCCGGGCAUCAAUCUGGGCACUCCCCUGGUUGCCCGCGCCCCCGUCGUUCCUGUCGUCGCUGCCCCAGUCUCUAUCGUCCGAAACGCCGUCCCUGUGGCUCCAGCUGCCCCGCUGCUCAAGAGCACGGCAGUCGUGGCCUCAGCUGUCCCCGUCCCUGUGGCUCCGGUUGCCCCUAUGAUCAAGAGCGCUGUCCCCGUCUCUGUAGUGGCGCCACCUGAGCCCCUCAUGGCCCCUGAACCCCCCAUGCCGUCCCUCAGCGUCCCUCACGUGGGAGGCCAAUUCCACGCCCAAGACGAGGCUGGUCAGUACACCUUCGGCCACUACGGCGGCCCCAACACCCGUGUGGAGAGCAGGGACUAUCUGGGUCGUACCUCCGGCAGCUUCGCCUACGUGGACCCCGAGGGGGACGUCCAGGUGAGGAAGUACGCCGCCGCCCCCUUCUCCGGCUUCAGAGUGGCCGCCUCUGACCUCGUCGAGGACACGCCCGCCGUGGCUCAGGUCAAGUCCGCCCACGCCCGCGCCCACCAAGCCGCCAGUUCCCUGGUCACAACUGCAUAAGUCACAACAUCGCUACCCAGACUGCACUUUACAUAAACUGUAAAUAUAUACAGUAAAUAAAAUUAUCCUGAACA